UUUUAAGUCGGAGAAAAAACAAAUAUCGUGAUGCCUAUCGAUAAUCCUGAGGCAGUCGUUUCUAUCAGUGGCUGGUGAGCAGCGAUGGAUUAUCAUGAAGGUUGUAAACAAACUCGCUACUCAAACUCGACACACACUUCCAUCUGAAUGUCCCUUGAGCCGAUUACAACGAAGAAACUCAGAGUCAAAGAAUCGACUCGCUGGCCGGGAGUCGGCGCUGACUACCAGACGUGCUGGAGUCAAAGAACCGACUCCUGGAAUCGACUCCCCAUCUCCAAGCUAAGCUAAGCUACUGUGUGAGUGGCUAACGCUAGCACUAUCGUUAACUGACGUUUGAGCCUCUCCUGUCUACAUUAAUAGUCAAUGGCUAACUGCUGUGCUGCUCAUAUGGGCGGUGUUUUUGUUCAUUUUGGACGCUGGGCAGUAACAACAUUUGGCCUUCGGUGAACGUAAACGUGAGGUGUCAGCAGGGUGGAGGACGUGUCUCGUAAAAUGAGUGGCGACGAGGUGGUUGACGAGCUCUUGCUGGAGGAGGAGGAGGCGGCAGCGGGCCCUGUGCAGAUCGUGGUGGCGGACGAGGACGAGCAUGCGUUCUCGUUAGAUGAGGAAGCCCUGGAGCGCAUCCUCCUGCAGGAACACGUCCGGGACCUCAAUGUGGUGGUGGUCUCUGUCGCUGGAGCUUUCCGCAAGGGCAAGUCCUUUCUGCUGGACUUCAUGCUCCGAUACAUGUACAACCAGAAAUCUGAUGCGUGGCUGGGUGGAAAUGAGGAACCUUUGACCGGCUUCACCUGGAGGGGAGGCUGUGAGAGGGAGACCACGGGCAUCCUGGCAUGGAGCGAAGUGUUUGUGGUCAAGAAGCCGGACGGGAGCAAGGUGGCUGUGCUUCUCAUAGACACCCAGGGAGCCUUCGACAGUCAGUCCACCAUCAAAGACUGCGCCACGCUCUUCGCCCUCAGCACCAUGACCAGCUCAGUGCAGGUAUACAAUUUGUCUCAGAAUGUGCAAGAGGAUGAUCUUCAGCAUCUUCAGCUCUUCACAGAGUAUGGAAGACUCGCCAUGGAGGAAAUCUACCGGAAGCCAUUCCAGUCACUAAUGUUUCUCAUAAGAGACUGGAGUUACCCGUAUGAGCAUGCAUAUGGCCUGGAAGGAGGAAAUAAGUUCCUUGAGAAAAGAUUGCAGGUGAAACAAAACCAGCAUGAGGAGUUGCAGAAUGUCCGGAAACACAUCCACUCCUGCUUCUCCAACAUCAGCUGCUUCCUGCUUCCUCACCCAGGCCUGAAAGUGGCCACCAACCCCCACUUCGAUGGCAGAUUGAAAGACAUUGAUGGUGACUUCAAGAAGGAGCUUGUGAGUCUCAUCCCAUUGCUGCUGGCACCGGAGAACUUGGUGGAGAAAGAAAUUGGAGGUUCCAAAGUGACAUGUAGAGAUCUUGUACAGUAUUUCAAAGCCUACAUGAAAAUCUAUCAAGGUGAAGAGCUGCCACACCCAAAGUCCAUGUUACAGGCAACAGCUGAGGCCAACAACCUUGCAGCAGUUGCUGGAUCGAAAGACAUUUACAACAAAAGCAUGGAAGAGGCAUGUGGAGGAGACAAGCCGUACAUCGCCCCUGCUGACCUGGAGCGCAUCCACAAGGACCUGAAGCAAAAGUCCAUACAACAGUUUCGGGCAGUUAAGAAGAUGGGUGGCGAGGAGUUCUGCCGCCGCUACCAGGAGCAGCUGGAGGCGGAGCUAGACGAGGCUUACGCAAACUUCGUCAAGCACAACGACGGAAAGAACAUUUUCUAUGCGGCGCGGACGCCCGCCACGCUUUUCGCCGUAAUGUUCGCCAUGUACAUAAUCUCACUGGUGACGGGCUUCGUCGGCAUAAACUCUGUGGCGACGCUGUGUAAUCUGAUAAUGGGCGUAGCCUUGGUGUCACUGUGCACCUGGGCGUAUGUAAAAUACUCAGGGGAGUUCCGCGAGGUGGGGAGUGUCAUCGACCAGGUGGCAGAAACCCUCUGGGAACAGAGGACUCCGAGAAAGGUGUUUUCCAAGCUUUUCGAGGUUGCCCGGAGCAAAGUGACGUUGGGUGCCCUUCUGCCCGCCCAGCGAAAGAGACUGUCCUCAAACAACAAUGUGAAGAAGAAAAACUAGCCGUGACGUUCUGUGCUCUGUUUCACAGAGCCCUUUUUAGGACUUCUCCUUCCUGCUGAGUGCACAUCCUGGGCGCCCUGCUGGGUUAGGUUAAAAAGAAAAACAGAACAAACUGCUAUGUAUACCUGGUUCACUACAUUUCUAGAAUGCAGGUUGGCACUUUCAUCAAGAUAUUUUGUUGGUCUUCGCCAUAUGUGUGCUGAUGCGUGUUAUAGGGGAAAUGGAGGACAAUGCAAAGUCUUAAAGUUUCACAUUUUACACGCAUCGUCCUUUAUAUGCUUCUAGUGUGCUUUUUUUCUGUUUUCGACUGUCCUGCUUUUUGUGUGUGCGAUCUUUCGUCAUUCCCUCGUUUUGCUUCGGCGUUUUCCAUUCAUUUCCAUUCCUUUUUCUCGUCCUUCUCCUUCGUUUUGUUUUGUUUUGUUUUUUUUCUUUCAUCUUUCAUCUCUCUCCUCAGGUGUUGAAGCCUCAGAGUGAUCAGUACGUGGAGGAGAGCGUUAGGCGAACUCAGUCAAAGCUUAAGUGAGCAUGCCAAGUUACAGACAAACUGACAUUGCAGUGGCGCUCCACGCUGCGCGAUCAUAGAGCCAAAGUUUACGUCAUUUUUACUGCAGACUUUGUAGAGCGUACUCUCUCCUGAACACUUGAGACGCGGACAUUGGUGGUGGCGGGUUUGCCGCUAGAGAAAAGCACUGGCCCUGGCUUUGUGAUUUCAAGAAAAGUUACCUUAAACUUUCAAAGUUCACCGAUCAGGCAUAAUUAUGACCACCUCCUUGUUUCUACGCUCAUUGUCCAUUUUAUCAGCUCCGCUUACUAUAUAGGUGC